AUGUAUCAAAAAUGGAACGAUCAAUUAGGUCACAUUCGUCGACAGUUGAUGCAGAUAUUGGAUGAAAUAUUACAUCCUGGUCUUGGUUUAAUCGAGGAAUAUAAUAUAUGUUUGCGUUCAACAGCUCAAUCACUCAUAGAUUAUAGUAUAGAUCAAAUAGUCGAACAUAUUGACGAUGAUGAUGAUGAUGAUGAUGAUCAGCUUUUUCCUUUGGAUAAUUUAUCAUCGUCCUAUAAUCAUACUGAUUUGUGA